AUGACCCCAACCACUCCGCUCCCUUCUCACACCCCGGCCGUCGCCAGACCUCCCCCGGAUGGGCCUCAUCGUCCCCGCCGCGCCUGGCGGCGCUCCCCACCCCGAACCCUGCUUUCCUGCAGGGCUCCCGGGGACCCUGCAGCCCGGCGGGCCGCUCCCGCCCCGGACUGGCUGCCCGCUCCGCUCGAGCCUCACCGGUCCCCGGUCCGGGCUCAGCGGCCCAUCCGGCCGGUCUCGCCUCUCGCUGCCACCUCCGUGCACCCCCCCCGCGCCGUCGGCCCACAGAGCCCAAACCCCAGCCAGGCCCGGACGGAAGUGACGUCACGACGGGACGGCCCACCCCAGGCCGGGCCUGCGGAGCUCCGCCCACCGGCGGGCGUGGGGCGCGCGCGGGGCCGGCUCCCAGGCCUAGCUGCUGGGGUCGCUGGGUCCUCCGGGACUCGGGGAGCGGAGGCCUCGUUAGAGAGGGGAAAUCCAGCGAGAAGUGGAAGUAGCUCCCGCCUUCUUCCGCCUCUUUCAGCUUUUGGUUUCUCAAAUACCUGCCUGGCCUUUCCAUCUGCUUUCCCCCCACCCCAUCCCUUAGCAAAAUCUCAGGGUUUUUUUUGGGGGGGGGGUGGUCGGCAGGAUCCAGGCCAUCCCUCCAGUCCGCCCCCAAAAGCCAGGCUCGACGUUCGCAAGCAGGAGGACCUGAAGGAGAAGAAAGAGAAGGUGGAGGAGAAGGCAGGCCGGAAAGAGCGAAAGAAAGAAGUGGUGGAGGAGGAGGAGAACGGCGCGGAGGAGGAGGAAGAAGAAACUGCCGAGGACGGCGAGGAGGAGGAUGAAGGGGACGAGGAAGAUGAGGAAGAAGAAGAAGAUGAGGACGAAGGGCCCGCGCUGAAGAGAGCUGCUGAAGAGGAGGAUGAAGCGGAUCCCAAGCGGCAGAAGACAGAAAAUGGGGCGUCGGCAUGAGCCCCCUACCAGUGGGCUGGGGGUGGUGGGAGGCCCCUCGGCGCCCGGAGGUGGGGGUGGGGGUGGGGAGCGCCGCGUGCAACCACUCUUCACCUGGCUCCCUGCUCUGGGCCCCGAGCCAGAGUUGCCGCCCUUUCUCCCCCCAGCCUUCUCAUGCCGCACCUCCAUCCUCACUGCCAUCUUCCACCUCCUUACCUGCCCCAUCUGAGCUCCCCAGCUGCUCCCCAGUCACCCCCUCCCUCUCCCUCCUGUCUUCCCGCCCUUCCCACAGCCAGCCCCUCCCUCUUUCAAUAGCCUCUCCUUCCUAACCUCUGCAUCCUAGCCUCACAUCAUCCUGUCCUGCCCAUCCCUACCCUGCCUGAUUCCUGAGUCUCCUCCCUCAGAUCCCUUUCUCAGACAGCGCCAGGACGGGGUGGGGCCAGGGUUGGGGCCGAGCCCCACAGCUGCCCCCCUCCCCUCCCCCUUUUUUGUAUAAUUUAAUAAAGAAACGGUCGCGCUUCUGUUUUUAA